AUGGGUCCUUAUGGACCUAAACUGGGGAUCAGCCUGCCUCUUACAUGCAAAUCAGCCUUCCUGAUAGAGAUCCCACGUGAUGAGACCCACCACCCACUCCCACCUUCUGGAUCCUCCCGCACCCCUCCCCUCCCGCACUCCCACCUGUUCCUUUCCCCUUCAGCUUUCCCCCUCCCCUCCCCUCCCCUCCCCUCCCCUCCCAAUCCAAUCCCGCUGACUCCGCCCCUCCCUCUUUCCGAUCCCCUCCAUGUUCCCCGCGGCAUCAUCACUCCCCGCGGCCCCCUCGCCGUCCGCUGCGCCCACUCCCGAGCCCCUCCCCCGCCCCCGCCCCCGCCCCUUCCGCGCACCGACGGCUCCGAGGCCGCCUCCGGCGCGCACCCGCGACUCCUCCUGCACCGGAUCGCCGAGGAGUUCCUCGCGCUCCCGUCCGACGCGGACCGCGCGCGCCGGCUCCUCUCCCUCGCGUCCGCGCUCCCGCGGCUCCCGGAGCCCGACCGCGCCCCGGGCAACCGCGUCAUGGGCUGCGUCGCGCGGGUGUGGCUCGCCGCCCGCUGCGACGGCGGCGGCCGGAUGCGGUUCGCGGCCGACUCCGACUCGGAGCUCUCGCGCGGGUACAGCGCCUUCCUCGUCGCCGCGCUCGACGGGGCCACGCCUGGGGAGGUGCUCGCCGUCGACCCCGCUGAUCCCGGCCCAGAUCCAGGCCUGCUGCUGGACGUCCUCGAUCGCUGCUGA